AUGGGAGUCAGUGGCGCUGGAAAAACCACUCUCAUGGAUGUGCUUGCCGCCUGGCUCAGGUUAGCCACAGAUGUCGAUGAACACAAGAGAAAGCAAUUUAUAGAUGAAGUCAUGGACCUUGUGGAAUUGAAUCCAUUGAAGGAUGCGUUAGUUGGAUUGCCAGGUGUCAAUGGUUUGUCAACUGAGCAACGAAAGAGGUUAACAAUAGCGGUUGAGUUAGUGGCUAACUCGUCUAUAAUUUUCAUGGAUGAGCCGACUUCUGGUCUUGAUGCGAGAGCUGCUGCCAUUGUUAUGAGAGCUGUAAGGAAAACAGUCGACACAGGAAGAACAGUUGUUUGCACAAUUCAUCAACCCAGUAUCAACAUUUUUGAAGCUUUUGAUGAGUUCUUCUUGAUGAAAAGAGGAGGACAAGAGUUGUAUGUUGGGCCUGUGGGUCGCCAUUCUUGGGAUAUAAUCGAGUAUUUCGAGGCUAUUGAUGGUGUAAGUAAGAUAAAAGACGGAUAUAACCCUGCUACCUGGAUGUUGGAAAUGAAAUUGAAGAUUUGUGAACAUAUGGAUCAGUUUUAG